UGUAAAACUGAAAAAUUUUGAGCUAUGAUUACGGCUAUGAUUUUUGAGACAAUUUUGAGAAAACGAUUUGUUACCAAAUUGGCAUACCAAUUAAUAUAUACCCAAAGUGCAAAUUUAGCAUGCUAUUUGUAAAUAGUUUAGUUUAAAGUACGAUUUUGUGUGGUAAAGGACAAAAACUAAAUCAAAACAUAUGCAAUGCAAAACAAAGUCCAUGAUGGAACAGUGAAGGUUACACCAUAUUUAUACGAUUCUUAUCUUUGCCGAUUAUGUGCAAAUGAAAAUCUAAAUGGUACAAAAAUUUUUCCGAAAAACGAAAACGAAUCUGAUUUAAGUCAGCUUAUUAAUAAAUAUUUGCCCCUGAAGGUUUAUGAUGACGGAAAAUUGCCACAGUUAAUUUGUCCAGGUUGUUACAUUCAAGUGGAAGCCACUAAACAAUUUUUAGAUCUGGUUUUAGAAGGUCAGAAAAAGCUUCGUGAUUUGUUGCAAUUACAAGAAACUGAAGAACACUUAGAUGGAGAUAUUGAAAAGACAACUCUGGAAAAUGCAGUUAAUACAUAUGUACAAACAGAUGAGAAUGGCAGAAAUAUUUUUAUUCAAGUAUUAUCGAAUGGCUCCUUAUAUCCACCUGAACAUUCACUAUCAGUACUUGCUGCGGGUUCAGAAAAACCAAAGAGAAGACGCGGUAGGCCACCCAAAACGAUAACUACAGAGUGCAAUGAAAAUGAGCCGCAAAAAGAGACAAAAGUCAAACCUGAAUCUGAAGAUGAACCUGAAACUGACAAUGAUGGACGAAGAAAAAGGAAAAUAAAAGUACCUACAAGAUUUCAAGAAGUUGUCCAGGGGAAAGAACUGGAAAGAAUUUUUCUAGAAGAAGGUGUUAUAGGUGAAGAUUCAACAUCAGAUUAUGAACAUGGUAAAGCAGAUCACUUAGAAGAUAAUGAAAUUAUUGGUCGCUUACAAAGUAAAGAUGGUGAUAAUCUUGGAGAAUUAAUUAUAGUUAACAGAGUCUCAAGUAAAAUGAGGAAUACAUUUAAGAAUGAAGUAUCAAGAAGAAGAAAAAAACAUGAAGUCUGUAAGAAAAUAUUCAAUCAUCCCAGCAGUCUCAUUUAUCACCGUGAAGCUGAGCAUAAUAAUGGCCAGCGUUUUGUAUGCAUCAAAUGUGAUAAGAGCUUCAAGCACAAACAGUUAUUGCAAAGACAUCAACUUGUACAUUCGGAAGAGCGACCUUAUCGUUGCAAACAGUGUGAUGCAAGCUUUAAAACGAGAGCAAAUCUUAUAAAUCACAUGCCUAUUCAUACUGGAGAAAAAAAAUACUUUUGUUCACAAUGUGGACAGACAUUUGCCCACAAAACUUCUCUAACAUUGCACAUAAGAUGGCACAGUGGUCAGAAACCGUUCCAGUGUGAUAUUUGUUUAAAGUCUUUCUCACAGAAAGGCAAUUUGGCUGAGCACAAGCGGAUUCAUACAGGAGAGAAACCAUAUAAUUGUGAACAUUGCAACAGAAAAUUCACUACCUCUUCUCAAUAUAAACUACACAUGAAACGACACAGUGGGGAGCGACCGUGGAGAUGUGAAUUUUGUCCAAAAACAUUUCUUCACAGGGAUACGUGGAAAUGUCAUACUAGACGACAUAAAAACGAAAAACCGUACCAAUGUGAGCAGUGCCUUAAAGGUUUUACUGAACAAUGUGCUUUGAAAAAGCACGAAAGAUUACAUACUGGUGAAAAGCCUUAUGUUUGUGAAUUCUGUAAUAGAGGUUUUGCUGAUUGUUCGAAUUUAGCGAAACACAAAAGAAUACAUGAAAACGAACCUAAUUUAAUCGAGACACCAGAAAUCAAAGUGUUAACAUCAUCGAAGGACGAUGAAAACGAUAUAUUUUAUGUUACAUUGGAUCCAAAUUCUUCAGAAAUUCAAUCGCCUUCAUUAGUGCAAAUUAUGGAGCAGUUGGAUACAAAAAAUAACGAAAAUGAUGAAGCGCACGCCAAAAUAAACAAUAUUUCUACUUUAUCUACUAAAAAUAAUGCAGUUAUACAACAAAUUAUCGAUCAAGAAGGAAAUACCAUGUCAGUUGCUCUACCAGACGGACAAAUGCUUAGAGUAGUUACUACAAUGGAAAAUGGAGAACAGAAUUUUAAAGGUUUAACAAAUGACGGUAGUUUAAUACCCCUAAAUGUUAAUUUUGAAGAUGAAAGAACGAUAUUCGGAAACGAACAAAUGAAUGUAACGUUAGACGAAAAAGAAAACGAAUUUGAAGAAUGGACUAAUAAGAAGAAAGAUGAUUCAAAAGUAGCAACAAUUCCACUUAUUCAAUUUUUGGAUAGUGACAUACAAAUUUUACCUGGACAGAAAAUGGAAAACAAUUUACAAUUACUGGUAGAAGGACAGAAUGUUUGUUUUGUAACGGCCUAUAAUUCAGAUGAUCCUACGAACUCACAGUAUUUAGCAAUGGCCUAACACAGCAGAAAAUAUAAACCCUGUUUUCAUUAUUAUCUUUAUUUAAUAGGCUAUUAUGACAACCUCAGCAUGUGGUGAUGGAGUAUAAAGCACAGUAUUUUUGUAAUGAUUGGAAAUAAUUGUUCACAAAGAUAUGUUCUAAAUGAAUAUGUCGUUAAUAUGUAAUUUAUGUGUGCAAUGAACAUAAUGAUUAUCAUUUUACGACUGAGCAUUAAAACUAUUUGAUGACAUUCUCUAAUAAAUUGUGUGUAAAU